AUGCGCUCGUCUGCUGUCGUCGCACCGGAGCCUUGCCACAGCGGAGAGGAAGACAGCGCGCUGGCCCAGGCUGGCACGGGCAUGAGGGGGUCAGCACUGCUCUGGGCGGGCCCCGGGGUGGGCUGCAGCGGGCCGCGGAGAGAGAAGGAGGAGGAGGUGGAAGAAGGAGAGCCACAAGUUCAGCUCGAGGCCCGGGAGCUUUGGAGGCAGUUUGACCAGUGUGGCACCGAAAUGGUUAUAACCAAGUCAGGAAGACGCAUGUUUCCUCCUCUCCGCAUACGCUGCUUCGGCCUUGAGCCCAAGUCAAAGUACAUGUUUCUGCUGGACAUCGUGGGAGCGGACGACAGUCGCUACAAGUUCCACCAGGGGCGCUGGAUGGUGGCGGGACAGGCCGAUCCAGAGCUCCCCAAACGCAUGUACAUCCACCCAGACAGCCCCUCCAGUGGACAGCAGUGGAUGAACAAGGUCAUCAACUUUCACAAGGUCAAACUCACCAACAACAUCUCCGACAAGCAUGGAUUUACCAUCCUGAACUCCAUGCACAAAUACCAGCCCAGGUUCCACUUGGUGAAGGCCAGCGAUGUGCUGACGCUGCCGUACAGCACCUUCAGGAGCUACGUGUUCACUGAGACACGCUUCAUCGCCGUCACGGCCUACCAGAACGACAAGAUAACGCAGCUGAAAAUAGACAAUAAUCCAUUCGCCAAGGGGUUUCGAGACACAGGCAACGGGAGACGAGAGAAGAGGAAGCUGGCACAUGCCUCAGAGCAACGCAAAGAGCUGAGGAAGAGUGACCGACAAGAGCCAGGCCCCGCCCUGCACUCAGACAGCUCCAAGUCAUCAGCGGAGGGAGUGUAA